GUUAUCGUAAUACCCGUGUACAACCAGACCAGACCCAGCCUAACCUCGUCAGCCAAUACGAACCACCUCCCCGCCAUGUCAGAACGAAGCACCUCUGUCCGACGUAGCGUCGCGCCCGUCUCCUCUUCUUCCAAAAAGGCAACCACCCCGGCCGCUGCCGAUGGGGAGAACGCUGUUGCUGCUGCUGCUGCUCCUGCCACCACCGCUGUCCCCGAGACCAUCGCCGAGGGAAACGACGAGGACGAUGCGAUGCAGGUAGAUGAUGCUGCCGCCACCAACGGACAAGCUGCAGACGAGCCCACCCCGGCCGAGAACACUAACGACAAUAACGGCUCGGCUUCGGUCGCUGGGGAACAGGACGAGCUGGACGAGAACCCGAACGGGGUGACCAACAACGGUGAUGGGAAUGACGCUGACGCCGAGAUCGAGAUCACUGGGGACAACGGCAAGGGAGCUGCCGCUACUUCAGCAUCGAACGGAGAUGGGGCCGAGGAAGACGAGGACGAGGACGAGUCGAGCGGGUUGGAUGAGGGAGAGUACGAGAUCGAGGCCAUCUUGGAUAGCAAGAGGUUGACGGGCAAGGGCAAAUUCGGGUUCGAGUAUUUGGUAUCUUGGGUCGGAUAUGGACCCGAGUUCAACGAAUGGGUCACGGAGGACAACUUCGGUUCUAGCGAGAUGAUCGACAACUACUGGACCAAGAUGGGUGGUAAACCCGUCAAAGGCCAAUCCAAACGUGGCGCUCAAACAACUACCGGCUCUAAACGUCGUCGGGCCGAAGACUCGCCCUCGAACAGCGGCGCUGGGCCCUCUAAACGCGGGAGGAGGAGCGCAGUACCCGCCAUCACGGAUCAAGAGGAGGACCCCGAGGCGGACGAUCUGUCCGCGUUUGCCAGGGACCACAAGGAUUCCAUGGCUCCCUACGCGGAUCACAAGAGCUGGGAGGAUCAGAUCAAGUCGAUCGAGACGAUCGAGAGGGGCGCCAACGACAAGCUGGUCGUCUACAUGGUCAUGAAGGGAGGCGAAAAGACCGCUCAAGACGCAGAGACAUGCAACGUCCGAUGUCCCCAGCGAAUGCUCAAGUUUUACGAGCGACAUCUCAAGUGGAGACAGACCAAAUAAACUGGGACCGACGUGCUCAAGAACUUUCCCCGUGACAACCUUCGACUGCUCACCUUUUUCCUCAAUUCCUCCUCGUUUCUGGCACUCGAAAAAAGGCCAAGCCAGAGCGUUACGGCCAUAUUCAUAUGCUAUAUAUCCCGUCGAUCCUCCUCUUAGAGUCGACGUGGACGGCAACAUUAUUCCGGGGCUCAGCUCGUGUUUCCGCGUUUUGUCCUUGUUUCUUGUUCUUUAUCAUUUCGAGCUUGUUCUUGUUGGAUGUGAAUAUAUUGAAUAGCGCAAAUCAUCUUUUCGCAAGCUCGUUAGAUGGUAAAGAAUCGCGUGGCGUUCGCGUUGGGUCUGCAAGAAGGCGAGUAUUGCCGCCAGGAGUCCUUCUAGCCGAGCUUUGGCGGGAACUUUACCGAAUCCCAAGGG